UUACCCAAACCAAUUAUUAAAAUGCACAGAGCUAGAGUUAAUCUUUUCGCUGCACUCUGCUGCCUGGCAGUCCUGGCGCCGCCGUGCCUGUCCGCUGCCGUUAAGGCCAAGGACUGGUGGGAGACGGCGCAGUUCUAUCAGAUCUAUCCACGCUCGUUUAUGGACUCGGAUGGAGAUGGCAUUGGCGAUCUGAAUGGCAUCACCAGCAAGCUGGAAUACCUCAAGGAUCUGGGCGUAACGGCCGCCUGGCUGUCGCCCAUCUUUACCUCGCCCAUGGUGGACUUUGGCUACGACAUUUCCGACUUUUACGACAUUCAGCCGGAGUAUGGAACACUCGAGGAUUUCCGUGCUUUGAUCAAGAAAGCGAAUGAAUUGGAUCUGAAGAUCAUUCUGGACUUUGUGCCCAAUCAUUCGAGUGAUGAGAACGAAUGGUUCAAGAAGUCAGUGAAGCGGGAGCGAGGCUACGAGGACUACUACGUGUGGCACGAUGGCAAGGUGAAUGCCACAACGGGCGAGCGUGAGCCACCGUCCAACUGGCUGCAGGCCUUCCGCGGCAGUGCCUGGGAGUGGAACGAUGUGAGGCAGCAGUAUUACCUCCAUCAGUUUGCGGUGCAACAAGCCGAUCUCAACUACCGCAAUCCGCUUGUCGUGGAGCAGAUGAAGCGUGUGCUGCGCUACUGGCUGGACCUGGGGGUCGCUGGCUUCCGCUGUGACGCUGUGCCGGUGCUCUUUGAGAUUGAAACGGAUGCCAACGGACAGUAUGCGGACGAGGAGGUGAGUGGCCUGACGGACGAUGUGGAUGCGCGCAACUACCUGAAGAGCGACCUCAUCGAGAACCGUGUGGAGACCAUUGACAUGGCGUACCAGUGGCGUGUCGUGAUGGACGACUAUCAGCGCAUUCACGGCGGCGAUACGAGGGUGCUGCUGAUCGAAACCUACGCCCCGCCCGCCUACACCAUGCAGUUCUAUGGCAAUCGGUCCGUGGAGGGCGCCCAUCUGCCCUUCAACUUCAAUCUGAUCACGGUGCCCGCCAGCGAUGGCGUCUCCGCGGGCUCCAUCAAGACGGCGGUGGACAACUGGAUGAAGAAUCUUCCCUCAGGUCGCACGGCCAAUUGGGUGAUUGGCAAUCACGAUCAGCGGCGGGCGGCCAGUCGCUAUGGAACGGCCAAUGCGGACGCCAUGAACAUGCUGGUGAUGAUCCUGCCGGGUGCCAGCGUCACCUACCAGGGCGAGGAGCUGGCCAUGACCGAUGGCGAAAUCAGCUGGGCGGACACACAGGAUCCAGCGGCCUGCAACUCCAACGCGGACGUGUACGAGCAGUUCACACGCGAUCCCUCCCGCACGCCCUUCCACUGGACGAGCGGCACCAAUGCGGGUUUUUCCACGGCCGCAAAGACGUGGCUGCCCCUGGCCACCGACUUUGCCAGUGUCAAUGUGGAGACGCAGUCCUCGGCGGAGCGUUCACAUCUGAAGAUCUACAAGUCGCUGGUGGCGCUCAGGAAAUCCUCGACAACACUGCAGAAGGGAUCCACAAAGUAUGGAGUGCUCAAGGAGAAUGUUUUCGUGGUGAAACGCCACCUCUCUGGCUCCGAGUCCAUUGUUUAUGUGGCCAAUUUGGCCAGCAAAGGCAUCACCGUGGAUCUCUACGAGUUCGAUAAGACGCUGCCAACGCAUCUGAAUCUGCUCAUACGCAGCCUGCAGUCAUCCAAGAAGGAGAACGCUUUGUUCGAGGUGUAUGAACUGAGUCUGGCUGCUGGCGAGUCCUUGGUGCUGAGCACCAUAUGAAGCUGAAACUGUAGCAACUUUCAGGCUUUUCCGGGUUCGAUUAUCGCCCUCACUUCACAAAAUACUUUUAUCUUUUGACUCAAAGCAAAUACGCCGCGGCGGCUUGCAUAAAUAAAGCAAAAACAAACCACUCAACCACA